AUGUUCAGCAAUUUGAUUGUGAAAACAGCUUUCUUGUUGGCCACACUAUUGUUAAUUUGUUUCUUUAGUGCUGCUGUGUUGGCAAGCGACUCAGCAAAUCAUGAAAGAAGAAGUGUCCAAGUGAUUACUUUGGACACUGAAAGAAUUUCGUCCAAAUCUCGAAAGAUUAGAUCCAAUAUUAGAAGACUCAAGUGUAGAAAUAACAAGAGUCCUGGAUUUAUUGUCCAUGUGAUUGGAAAGAAACCAAAGAAACCAUGUAAGAAACCAAUUAGAAAACCAACUAAACCUUGCAAGAAACCUAAGUGUUUCUUCCCUCCUCAAAAUAUCAUUCUCAAUGUUCCAAUGAUUAAACCAAUUAUACCACCUCCUCAAACAAUCAUUAUCCAACAACCUGCAUCUGCCUCUGCUUCUUCCUCCAGCUCAGCAUCUUCCAAUGGAGGAAGUAGACAAAACAGGACCAAGACCUAUUCCAAUUCCUCCAGUCCAAAUCCAGUCCCACCAAUUCCAAAUCCACCCCAACCGAAUCCUCCAACUCCACCAAUUCCAAUUCCUUCACCAAAGCCAAUUCCUCCAAAUCCAAUCCCUUCACCAAAACCUGUUCCACCAGUGCCACAUGAAUCACCAAAACCUGUGCCACCAGUUCCUUCUCCUAAACCACAUCCAGAUCCUAGACCUUCUCCUAGACCUAAUCCUGUUCCAAUUCCACAAGAAUCUCCAAGACCUAUUCCAAUUCCUCCAAAACCAGAAAUAUCCAUAAAACCUAAUCCUCCAAAAAAGGAAUGUUAUCCAGGAUAUGUUCAUACUCAAUUCACAGUCUUUAAGCAAUGUGAUACAAGAUGGGGAUCUCUCAAAUUAGGAAGUGGAAGUUCAACAAUUUGUAAAGCUGGUUGUCUUCUUUCGGCCAUUACUUCUGGAUUGAAAGGUUUGGGAAGAACCGAAUGGACACCAAAAGAAAUGAACGAAUGGUUGAAGAAAAAUCGUGGUUUCAAGGAUGGAAACUUAUUUAUCUGGGCAUCCAUUAACAAACAAUUUGGUGUGAAAUUCUCAGGGAUAACCACUGACAUGUCUGUAACUAUUCGAAACUUGUGUGAAGGAAGAAUGGUCAUCUUGAAACUAAUCAAACCACCUGGAAAGAAGACUGAACAUUUCGUUUUGGCCACUGGAUACGAUUCUCAAACCAAGUCAUUCUCAGUUGUAGAUUCUGCCUUUGAUCGUUCAAAGAGCAUUGCACGAUGCGAGCAUUUAAGGAGGCUUCAUGUUGUGUUUUGUAAAAUUUCUGAUAGAGAAAUCAGUGUAAUUUCACAAAUGAAGCAAUUGAAAGAACUUAAUGUUUCUGGAAAUAGAUUUAGUUUUGAAUCAGUUUGUAAAAUUAAAGAUAUGAAGCAAUUGACUAUUCUGGACAUGUCAUACACUAAGCUCAAAUGUUUGGAUGUGGAGGUAGUUAGUGGGAUGAGAAAUUUAACCUCUCUCAGAAUUAAUGAUAAUGAUCUUGGAAUACAAGGAGCAGAACUCAUUGCACAAUUAGAUCAAUUAAGAGAGCUUUUCAUUGGCAGCAAUAACAUUGGUGAUGAAGGAAUGUAUUCAAUAAGCCAUAUGAAGAAUUUAACCAAACUAGAUGUUAGUAGUAAUGGAAUUGGAGAGGAAGGAGCCAAUUCAAUUAGCCAACUGAAAGGCUUGACAUUUAUCAAUGUUGGUUUCAAUUUAAUUGGACAACAAGGAGCAGAAUCAAUCGGUGAACUUGAACAAUUGACAACACUUUUGAUCAAUAAUUGCGAAAUUGGCCCAACUGGAGCAAAAUUUAUCAGCAAAAUGCAACGCGUAACUGAACUAGAUAUUUCACUCAAUGAUAUUCAAGACGAAGGAGCACACUACAUUAGUGAAUUAGAGAAAUUAUCUAUUUUAUAUGUAAAUAACAAUGAAAUAACGGAUGAAGGACUUAAGGCAAUCACACAAAUGAAGAAUUUACAAUUAUUAGACGUGAGUGGAAACAAAAUUAGUGAUGAAUUUUCCAAACAGACUAAUACUGACAUAGUAUUUUGGUGGUAA